GGCGACUCCGAAUGUUGCCUGCCUAAUUAAUCUUUGAGAAUGUUAGGGACGGCUAUACUAGUUUUCGAUUUUAGAUUAAUUUCUCGAAGGGUUUAGUGGUUGCCUUCUGGGAUGAUUGAAGAUAAGAAGGGUUAUCGAUCCGGGGAUUCCAAUCUAUGCGAAGGGGCAACAAACUCGAACCACUCACAAACUCCACAAUAGUAUCUCUUUCACAAACAUAACAACAUUUCACUCAUACCUCGAAAUCUUCGCUCGACCUCCUCACCACUGAACCCAGUCCCAAACAUCCAAAAUGCAACGCCUCACCCUCCUCAUUCCCAUCAUCUCCCUCCUCCUCUCAUUAAGUACGUCCCCUUUACCACCCCCACUACACUUCACUAUCGCUAACAAACCAAUCCAACAGUCUCAGCCUCAGCAUGCGUUGCAGGUGGAUUAGCAACCCAAGUAACUCAAGUCGGAGCAUGCUGCAAAUCACUCGCCGGCACAUGGUACCAAUUCUACCCCAACCAAGCCAUCUGCGUAGUAGCCGACGACAGAUUGUGGGCCUACAAAUCGUGUGUGGGGAGAGUUGGAUAUAGCGACUUGGAUACGAAGUGUAUCCCUGGGAAUGGUGAGGGGUUGAGUACCGCCAUUGGGACGCCCACUGCGUUUACUACUGGGAGGGAGACUAUUACUGCUGCUGCUUGAGAUACGAUGAGUGAGAAGGCGAUGAGGAACUGAAGGACGUCUGCAAUGGGGUUUCUGUUGAAAAGUUUUGUGGAUUUAUUAGAUUUCUGUUGCUUGGGGAGGGGAAAUUUGGAUUUAGAUGCUGUGC